AAUUUGGCCUCUGAAGCGCGGAACCUGUAUCAGUUUGGAUUAAUGAUCUGGUGCGCCACAAGUCGGAGUCCAUGGGAUUAUUACGAUUAUGGAUGUUGGUGUGGAUAUGGCGGAUCAGGUACUCCUGUUGAUGACACUGACAGGUAUUGUUACCUUAAACUGCUUCGUAGGCUUUCACUUUUGUUAAAGCCUUUAAAAAGUUAUGUUAAAUAGAUCAAUUUUCACUUCCUUGCUGCAGCGGUAAUCUGAAAUUGCAUAAAUUUGGCUUACCGCGCUACGAUAUUGGUCGAAAAUGACUUGAAAAAGCAGAUGGAAAACUGAAACCCAUCGGUACUUAGUCACUCGUAUUGUCCUCGCUUGAAGCAAGUUUACACGUCUGCACCUGAAAAUCAAUUAAUAAUUGCUCCAUACGACAAUUUCGUUGUUACGAUUGACUACCAUAUGAACUUACGUUUUUGGUUUUACAACACCCAGUCGUUAAAUGCUAUAUUUGACAUGACGUCUAUAACAAACUAAAACACCAUUCCCUUUAUUUGCCUUCCAUAUACCCACGCUUUUUUCCGCGCCAGACGAUAGAGAAAAUGGUGGGGUCCCUGGGCACACUACAAUAGACAUGCGAUACCUUACACCGUGCUUCUCUUCGACAGUUCACUCGUUCUUUAAGUAUAUUUUAAGCCGAUGUUUUUUGUCCUACAACUAUCACGCAGCCAAUGCUUACAAGAUGACAAAAAUUCUUAAAGCCCAUAGCAUUUAUAGUUUGUUUACAAUGGCAUAAAAUUGUCUUUCAUCCUGAAAGGAGAACUUAUUUUCCCAGUGAACCUGCAUAUCGCUCAUAAUUCACCAUUAUAUCUUUAUCAAUUUGUAUUUUAGAUGCUGCCAAAUACACGACUCAUGUUACGAUGUUCUUGUUAACAACAGCAUCUGUUCUACAUGGUGGAAGCCGUACUUUCUUAACUACCUUUUCACUCCCUGUCACAAAUGUGGUAAGAGUUCGUGCAUAUAGAAAUCAGUCGUUUAUUUUCUCUCACUAUUCCAAAGUCAAUCAUCAGCUUAACGCAUUCAAUAGCCUUCAAGGUAAGGGAAAUGUUUUUGCAUUUUUCAGGCAUGCGCGAAAUGCGUGUCCGUUGCAAAAACGGAAGCACAAAGAAAUGACGCUAUUUUAAUUACCCACUGCGACAACUACGGCAAAGUUGCUACUUGUUCAUUUUGAUGUCAUUUUGGUAUCAAUCAAUUCUAAAGAAGACGGAUCUUAUCGGAAAAAAAGGAUCAAACAAAUUAAACAAGGAAAAAAACAGCAUCAAAAAGAGACGAAGUGGUUGUGUAGUGCGUUCAACUCUGAGAGAUUUGAACAACGGAGCUUUCCUGUUACUUAAGAUUAGAAGGAGACAAACUCAAAAAGAUUUCCAUUGCAUCGAUUAUAAAUUUGUUCUUAACUUACUUGUAACCUGAGAGUAACAACAAGUGCGAACACUUACAUUUAUUGAUCAUGAUGAAGAGCAGAAAAAGAAUGAUUUUGCACUUUUUGUAUUGCUACUACUACUACUACUACUACUACUACUACUACUACUACUACUACUACUACUACUACUACUACUACUACUACUACUACUACUACUACUACUACUUAACUUUAACAGAGGCUAAGGGUCCCAAUGAAAUGGGAUUGAUAUCAAGCCAGAUUUUAACGACGAGUUUAGUUUCUUAUUUUACACAUUUUUCAUUUGCUCUAAAGUACUGCACAUUAUGAUAGCGAGAUGAAGAAAGCCCAGGGAAAGAGGUGCUUUAGUACAGUAGCUAUUAUUGUAGAAGAAAAAAAUGCAAAAGAAAUGACGAGAAAAGGAGUGUUGCAGAAUCAAAAGCGAUGUAUUCCUUGCCUUCAUUUUAGCAGCUUUUAUAAAUUUCUUUUUUUAUCACCAUCUCUUUUCAGACCCUGAAUCUAGUUAUCCAUCUGAUGAAGUGGAUGUCACGUGCAAGAGAGCUCUUUGUGAAUGUGACAGCCAAGCCACCAAAUGUUUUGCGAAUUCAACUUUUAAUGCGGCGAAUAUCGACUACGACACUUCAAAGUGCUGAUGCAUAAAUAAUGAAUGAAAAAUGGUUAGAUACCUUAAUAAAAAAAAGGUGCCUUAUCAGAGAAAAAUUCUAUUCUAUCUGCGCGAAUUAAAGAACAAUAUUGAAAACCGAAAUUUCAUCCCGAAAGCUCUAUCACUUCCCAACCCACCCUUCCCUCCUGGUUAUGUAGAGCAAACAACAUUAAGGCCUUUUUUGUCAAAUCGUUGUCUCAAUUCUCUAAGAGUCAUCAUUUUAUUGAAAGUCCGAUAGAAAUUGGCCACAUACUCUAAAAUAUCAUAUUUCUUUGGGGUCUGGCCACAAAGCGAUCGAUCUCAAUUGUUAGUACUGGCCAUACCAUCCAAGAUGGCGUUCCUUCUUGAUGUGCUUUGCGUUAAUUACGGAUAGACGGGUGGGCUUAGCAGGGUUAAACUACGAUCGAAUUUUUAUUAAGCAUUGUCUCUGGAAAAAAAAGAGAAAAAAAUACAGAUGAACGAGUUUGAAGUCAGAACGGAAUUUUAAAAAAGUGUGAGUAAAUUUACUUUGAAUUACACUGUUACGUAAGUGUCGGUGACGUCCUAAACCUGUGUAAAUACCGAAUUCGACAUUUUCGAUCAUUGUUGUCUUUUUCUCUUUUCUAGAUAUAGAUGAAGUAAGUUUAGCCAGAGAAACAAUUUCAACAAAAACAAUCGUUCAAUUCUCAUAAAAGAGUCAUUUUGGGAUGACAAAGGAACCGCAGGAUUUGCUCACUCUUUACAUUGAAUGUGUCCAUAGCAAGAACAUCUUUUGUCAUAUGUUCUUUCAAAGAGCGGGUCCGCGAUAUUCAUGAUCCGAUGAUAAAGACUUAUUUCCCAUGUCCUCUACAACGUUUCCUUAGAUGAGAUGCUGCACGGUUUAAAAAUUGAUAAUUAAAUGCUGGUUUUAAAAAAUUUAGUAAUAGGGACCAAGAAGAAGUUCAAUUGGCAACAUUUAAGCAGGAAAUAUGAUGAGCAAACGAAAAAGUAUUAUGUAGUGUGUGGUAAAAGGUUUUAUGCAAACAACUCAUUGUUGUGUAAAUGAAAAUCCAGAGUUACUUUAAAUCAUGAAACAGGUGCAAUGACGCCUUUUCAUAAUUCAGCAUUCAUUUGUCAAUCAGCAUAGUAUGAAAGGCAAACAAAUUUUGUGGUAACCACGUUCUUCGUCUUCUACACUCGGCUUUGUUAUGUUAGGCUUUUAAAGCUCUGAAGCCCAAGAGCAGAGAUGUCCAGGAAAUUUUGGCAAAGAUUUCUUUUCGUUCUACCUACCGCUUUAGCUUAUUUAGUUCUUUGUAUUCUCCUUCAAAAUGAGGUGAGGAUCGUAUUUUAAGUUAUCAGAGCUAACAGCGAGCUAAUUUAUCUAAUAUGAUCUGAUAAUUUGAUCCAUUGGAUUUAAAUAACCAAAGGCCAAAGCAAAAAUCCUCAAAGCUUUUAUCUUUUGUUUUCAGGCUUUGAGUGAACCUCUCAAUAACAAAGGUAGGGAUCAGUACUGUUAAGUUGGUUCGUGAGUGGGAUAUAGAUACCAUUAGGGUGAAUUAUUAAAAUGCCAUAAACUUGUUCAGAAUGGUUCUCCACGAAAGUUUGAAUCAUGACUAUUAAUUAAUCAAAGGGAAUAAGGAGCACGAGCAGUCAUAGUGUGGACACGUGGGAAAACAGCUUUUAACGAAUUUCGCCGAAACUGAUCAUGUCGGAAAAGUUCGCCCUCUUUAUCGAGAUUAAAGUUCCUCUCAGAUCUCUUCAAAGUGCCGUAGGUUAAAAGCACUUCCCCUGAGUCCAUCAUCUGUAGCAAAAUUUAAUUUGGAUAAGAGUUAUAGAUCAUGUAUUAGUUAUCUUGCUUAUAUGACUUAAGCUUUAGUUCUGUUGGUUGAUUGUGGAUGGUAAAGAAAAGGGGAAGUUUUCCUUUGUUGCUUCAAAGCCCAAUAUGUGCGUUGCACAAUCAAAACGAAUUAACAACUUACACGAAAACCAUUAGAUUACCCGCAGGAAGAUUACAAUAUUGUCAGUAUAAGAACCAAGCCGUUUAGAGAAACCAAGCCAGGAUUUCUAAUAAAUACUUCACGUCUCCUUUCGUUCAAAUUUACAGCCCGAAAUUUGUAUCAGUUUGGUAACAUGGUAAACUGUAUGACAAACAGAAGCAGAUUUGAUUAUGCUGACUAUGGUUGUUGGUGUGGAGCAGGAGGAAGCGGAAAGCCUGUGGACCACGUAGACAAGUAUGCUUUUCUGUAACAGUAGGAUUAUAGAAUAGUUAACGUCCAUUGGUGCAUGAUACCUAAAAGGAACUACUGCAAACUUCGAGCUAUUGGAGCUCAAGAACAGAAGGGUACAAAUGAAAUAAUAUCACUUCGACGAUGUCAACAAAGGGCGCGUUAGAUUUAUAUUUUGGUGACAACAUGAUCCCCUUUUCAUACCAAUGUUACCGUAGAGGUGAAUAAGCAUGUUAUCUUAACGGCACUUUUCGAAUUUCUGUCGUUAACAGAUGCUGUCAAAUUCAUGACAAAUGCUACGACGUCGCCAUGGUCGAGAAGUGUUACUUUUAUUUUCAUGUUUAUUCCGUGGUUUAUAGAUACCAAGGAUGCAGGCAGUGUGGUAGGUAGCGUAUAUUAGAAUUAAAAAUGUCUUUAUCUCUCUUUCAACUCGGAAUUGAAUAUUCUAUUCACUUUUACUAAUCAUUUACUGAGCAACUUCCGAGCUGAGCAAACAAUCAUAAGAACAUUUACUCCCAAAGUUGUAUGCAUCGGUAAUUGUCGGAAUCAAUAAGCGAUAAUCUAUUAAAGAUAUCACAACAACUCGAAACUAUGAAACGUAAAAAAGAAAAAAAAACUUGGACAACACAUAGAAACUUCAGACUCUAUUAGGGAAAACUUUUUUUAAGAUAAAUGCAGAUUUCGUUUUGAAAUUUGAAAAUCACAAAAGGUAACUACGCUGUAAGUUUGUACUCAUAUUUUAAAUGCUUUUUUUUCAUUUCCACCUUCGCUUGUUUCAGAUCCUAUUUCCAGCUACCCCUCAUGGGAAGACAAAGUUGAUGUGGAAUGUAAGAAGGCUGUGUGUGACUGUGACAGCGAUGCUGCACUCUGUUUUAGUCAAUCUGUUUAUAAUUCGUCUCUUUACAACUAUGACACAUCAAAAUGUUAG